AUGGACAACCUGGAGAAGCAGCUCAUCUGCCCCAUCUGCCUGGAGAUGUUCUCCAAACCAGUGGUGAUCCUGCCGUGCCAACACAACCUGUGCCGCAAGUGUGCCAAUGACGUCUUCCAGCAAGCCUCAAACCCACUGUGGCAAUCCCGGGGCUCCACCACUGUAUCUUCAGGAGGCCGUUUUCGCUGCCCAUCUUGCAGGCAUGAGGUUGUCCUUGACCGACACGGUGUCUACGGCCUACAGCGAAACUUGCUAGUGGAGAACAUUAUUGACAUUUACAAGCAGGAGUCAUCCAGGCCACUGAACUCUAAGGCUGAGCAGCACCUCAUGUGUGAGGAGCAUGAGGAUGAGAAGAUCAAUAUCUACUGCCUGAGCUGUGAAGUGCCCACCUGUUCUCUCUGCAAGGUCUUUGGAGCCCACAAGGACUGUGAGGUGGCCCCACUGCCCACCAUUUAUAAACGCCAGAAGAGUGAACUCAGUGAUGGCAUCGCGAUGCUGGUGGCAGGCAAUGACCGUGUGCAAGCAGUGAUCACGCAGAUGGAGGAAGUGUGCCAGACCAUUGAGGACAACAGCCGAAGGCAGAAGCAAUUGCUAAACCAGAGGUUUGAGACCCUGUGCGCGGUGCUGGAGGAGCGCAAGGGCGAGCUGCUGCAGGCGUUGGCCAAGGAGCAGGAGGAGAAGCUGCAGCGUGUCCGCGGCCUCAUCCGCCAGUAUGGAGACCACCUGGAGGCCUCCUCGAAGCUCGUGGAGUCCGCCAUCCAGUCCAUGGAGGAGCCGCAGAUGGCGCUUUACCUCCAGCAGGCCAAGGAGCUGAUCAAUAAGGUCGGGACAAUGUCGAAGGUAGAGCUGGCAGGGCGGCCGGAGCCGGGUUAUGAGAGCAUGGAGCAGUUCACCGUGAGCGUGGAGCACGUGGCGGAAAUGUUGAGAACCAUCGACUUCCAACCGGGCGCUUCAGGGGAGGAAGAGGAUGAGGAAGUAGUGUUGGACGGGGAAGAGGGCAGCGCGGCGCCAGAGGAAGAGCGGCUGGACCGGGCGGACAGCACAGGCCUGCACUGA